CCGCCACCCAGAGCAAAACAUCAAAAGCACACAAGCCACAAUGACAAAGAUCUCCCGACACGAAUUCACUCACGACACCAUCCGCUCCCCUUUCAAGACGAUCUCCUAUCUCGAAGCCGGCCCGUCCCAUGGCCCUUUAUUGAUCUUCGUCCACGGCUGGCCUGCCGUAGCAGCGACAUGGCGUGCGCAAAUCACCACGUUCGCGGGCCUGGGUUUCCACGUCAUCGCGCCUGAUAUGCCUGGGUACGGCGGCUCGACCAAAACCAAAGAGAAAACCGACUACUCGAUGCAAUCCCUCGUGACGGUUAUGGUCAUGCUGCUGAAGCACCUCGGGCGCGAUGAGGCCGUCUGGGUCGGACACGACUGGGGCGCGGCCGUGGUCUGGGCGCUCCUCGCACACGAACCCCAAACCUGCAUCGGGGUGGUGAAUCUGUGUCUGCCGUACCGCACGCUGGAGAUGGGCGUGGACGAAACGCUCAAGUACGCCAACCGCGAGCUGUAUCCGGAAGACGAGUACCCCAACGCGCAGUGGGACUACAUGAAGUUCUACGUAGAGGCCGAGGAAGGACCCGCGAAUUUCGACAAGGCCGUGAAAUUCUACGAAAGCGACGUCGAGAACUUGAUGAAAGCUCUCUUUCGGCCACAUCGACCCGAAGCCCACGGCAAGCGCGCGUUCACCAGCACGGUGAGCAAAGAUGGCGGUUGGUUCGGAGGCGCCGAGAAGCCGCCGGCCACGGAUCUGAAGGAUUCAUUGCUGGAUGAGGAAAUGCUCAAAGAAUUGACGGAGGCGUUUGAGAAGGGAGGGUUCUGGGCGCCGACGGCGUAUUAUCUGAAUCACGAUGCAAACAAGGAGUGGGCGGAGGAUUGGUCGGUGAAUGAGGGCGUGGUGAGCGUGCCGACACUCUUCGUCGAAGCCAGUCAGGAUCAUGUCGUGGGCUCGUACAAUUCGACCAUCAAAGAGCCUAUGGAGAGUUUCUGUCGGAAGCAUACGGAGGUCAGUAUCGAGGCGGGACAUUGGGUCGCGUUGGAGCAGCCGGAACAGACGAAUGCGGCGAUUGCGAGGUGGAUAUUGACUGCGAUUCCGAGAGCGUGGCCGUACGAAAAGGUGACGCCGCUGAAGGAGAUGAAGUAGAAAAUAAUUACGGAGUAGCAAUGACGACCUUAUGAACAAUCA